GGGCUGGAGGCAAGAGGUUACGUGGGCUGCCCCACCUCAUCUUCCCGCUGCAUCUGGGCGAUCAGCUGUUGCCGCUCAGCUGCCUGGCGCAUGCGCAUCAUGACGAGGCUCUCAUAGUCCCUCUCGGACAGCACUGAGCCCUGGGGGACAGAGGGGACCGGGGGAUGGCGGUCAGGGCGGCAGGGCACAGCCCCCCACUCCAGACUUGGAGGACGGCCUAGGCAGAACUACAGUCCUGAGUCAAGGAGUGAGGCUGCCCGGUACUUCUCCACGGGCUCUCCUCUCACCCAUCACAAGCAACCCCCAUCAACAGUCAGCCGUGCUCCAUCUUCUCGGGCUGAAUCACUGCGUGCGCCAGCCAGGCCCUGUCUCCCUCCAUUUCCUCCCCGCCCUUUAUUUGUCACUCCUUUUGGCCACCCGUGGCUCGGGCUUCUCACAGGUUUCCAGUGAAGGCGCCGUCAGAGGUGCAGGAGAGCACUGCCCCCUCCCCGCGGUCUGGCUCCUGCCAGGACUGAGAGAAGGGAGCCCUGCCCUAGACACAGGCUCAGUCAGCCCUGCACUAGAAGGAGAAACAAGCAUGAGGCCACCCGCCUCCUAAAAAUACACACCAGGGCUGCAGGAGGGCAGGGCCCGUGCCUUCUUUUAUGAUCUUGCCAGCGCAGUGCAGGGGAUUAAAGAGUGCUCUAUGUUAAUAAUCAAAAGAAUAAUAAACAACCAACCCAACGCGCCAGUGUUGUGGGGUGGAGAGGCAGCUCUACAGUGGAGCUCAGAUCCACCCACCCCACACCCUGAUAAGGUCUGCAGUGGGAACGAAAUCACUUCUCCCAUCAGUGUAGCUGAAGCUAUGUGAAGUGUGAAGCCCUUCUGAGUUGGCACAGAAGUGAGCCAGGCCAGGGGGGCUGCGGAGCAGAGCCAACCGCUGAGCCCUGUUCUGUGGCAGACCCAGCGAGUGCACGCUCACAGGGUAAGUUCAGUGGUCAGUGACCUGGGGAAUGUGAAGGGAGUGACUGGGGUUAAGAUGCCAGACCCUGGCCAACUGGUUUGAAGUAAGGGCUGUACAGAACCAGUAAGUGUGACUCAGCCCAGACCCCCCUGCUUCUCUGACAAUGCCAGCCUCGUGUGUCCCAGGCCGCGGCAGCUCUGAGGACGGUAGCCCUCCCAGCCAGGCCCGCCCGCCGAAGCUUCGCCCAGGGCACUGCUGACAAUUCAGGGCAGCCCCAUGUGGCCCAACCCUUUCCACAGAGGGACUCCAAAGAAGGCCCAGGUGGCCCAAGGCAGGAUAGGAGGCAGCAGGACCGGGGCCCUCAACUGCUCUCUCCUGCCCUGAGGCUAUGGGAGUAAAUCCAGGAAGAUGAGGAACCGCCAGACUGGCUGUCAGGCUGAGGGGAGAGCAGUCCUCCCUCCCCAAGGUAAGGCUGCUCUGCAGAGCAAACUUCAGAGUCACCCGGGCCUGCCCUGAGCCCAGCUGUGGGAGGAGCCGGCCCUUUAUAGGCAUGGGGCUGCUUCCCGUUAACACACCCUCUACCGCCUCCUUCUCAUACCUGCAGGCUUGGCUAAGGAAGGCCUGUCACAGGCCCCAGGACUGAGUCACCCACACUAGUGACAGGUCUCUCUUCCGUCCCCAACAACUGUUCCACAUGCCUGCCUUUCAAUUAAUUCCCACCCUCCUUGGGCUCCUCCCUCCCGGGCACUGGGGGGCGGGAGGGGGGUUGGGGAUCCAGGCCCAUGGGCUAGGGCCCCAGGCAGAUAGGCUGUGGGGGGAAAAAGGAAGCAACGUGGUGACACACAAAGCAGGGCUGCCCCCAGAGAGUCCUCAGGGAAGUCCGAAGCUCCCCAGUGCCCUGGGGUGUUGGCCACAGCUGGCCCAAUCCCAGCCCGCGGAUGCUGCAAUUACCUAAGAGCAUGAAACCCGGCUUCCCACCUGACUGAGUCACCUGAAAACAACACAUCCCCACUGCCACACACUGGCACAAACAGCCAAGCCACUAAUCAAAAGAGUCCGGGAGCUGCGGCGGAGAGGCCAGGUGCAGGGACCGGGGAGGGAAGGUGAGCUCGGGCCCACCCGGAGCGGCCGCCACCGGGGAAGCAGUCCAGGCCGCUCUAGCACCGCGAGAUCCAUCUCUGGCACCUCGGCGGGGCUGCCCACACUCCGACUCCAGACCUCUUGCCACCGUCCAAGAUGCUGGCCAAAAGUCUGUGCUUCUAGCCCACUAGGGCUGUCCCCUGGCUCUUGCCAGUCACUGCUCCAGCGGGGACCUAAUGGUCCCCAGCUACUCUUGAACUGGGCUGCUGAGGUACCAGGCUCGUCUGCUGGCUCCCCUGGGUGCCAUGGAGACCUGGCGGAAAGGCUCCUUCCGCAACGCCUCCUUCUUCAAGCGGCUGAGCCUAGGGCGGCCGAGGCGACUCCGGCAACAGGGCAGUGUGCUCAGCCAGGCAAGCACGGCUGGCGGGGACCACGAGGAAUACAGCAACCGAGAGGUCAUCCGGGAGUUGCGAGGGCGGCCGGAUGGCCGGCGCCUGCCCCUGUGCGGGGACGAGCAGCCCCGGGCCACCCUGCUGGCCCCACCCAAGCCUCCCCGCCUCUACCGAGACAGCUCCAGCUGCCCCAACAUCCUGGAGCCCCCUCCUGCCUACACCGCUGCCUACUCGGCCACGCUGCCCUCGGCGCUCUCCCUGGCGGCCACCUUCCACCACUACUCUGAGGACAACCUUCUGGACACUCCCCCUUUCCAGGGGACACCUGCUCCAGACCUGAGUGAUCCCUUCUUCUCCUUCAAAGUAGACCUGGGGAUUUCACUUCUUGAGGAAGUUCUACAGAUGCUGAGGGAGCAAUUUCCGAGUGAACCUGGCUUCUGAAUGGGGUGCGGGUGGGCAGAGGUGGGGUAACUGGAGGAGCCAGAAGCCUGGAAAGAGGGUGCAGCUGCAGAUUAAGAAAAAGGUAGGGACAGGAAUCCAGGAUCCUGCCUGCCCUCCAGGUCCUGAACAGUCCUCCACGUCACCCCGGAGCACAGUGUCCGGACAGAAGGACAGAGGCAAGCCGGAAAUGCUGUGAGGGGCACUCACUGGCAGGAGCCCUGAAGGCAGCUGGCUAGGCUGAGGCCACGCCUGUAACCACAGGGACGGGGUAGAGGCCAGCAGAGGGGGAGGGCAGCACAAGGUGUGUCGGGGAGUGGAGGACAUGCAGACUGUGCAGGUCAGGCAGGUGCCCUGCACCAGCCCCUCUGAAGCCACUGUUAACACAUCACAGGACAGGACUAGACAAAAGUGGUCCCCCCCACUAGCUACAUGUGGCUGUUCACAUUGCAACUAAGUAAAAUUAAAAAUUUAGUGCCUUGGUUGCACGAGCCACAUUUCAAAUGUUCAACAGCCACACAUGACGAAUGGCUACCACAUUGGACAGUGCGGGCUGAACAUGAACAUCACUGGAGAAAGCCCUAGUGGGCAGCAUGGGUCUAGGCCACAGCCUGGAGCCACGAGUGCCACGGUGGGUGAGGGGGACAGCCAGGCCCUGCAGGGGCGGGGCUGGCAGAGCAGGAAGAGCGAGGCAGGUAGAGGUGCAGAGCACAACUCGGGAAGGCCAAACAAAUCAUUUGCCGAAAAGGGACAAGAGAGACAAGCUGCCAACGCUGCUGCCCAGAGCAUGCCCUGAGCCUGAGGAAGGAGGCUGUAGGGACCGCCACUCACAGGCACAGGCGCAGCCUGCAAAGGGGUGCUUGGUGGAGUUCCCACAGUUAUUAGUGAUGGCAACCCUUGGGAGAUGUAGCAGAAACAGUGGCAGAUUUCCCUUUCUGCCCCAAGAGCGUAGGAGAACCGGAUCAGGGGAUGGACACAAAAGUCGUGGCUGUUGCUGUGAAGAAGCUCAGCGAGUCUCCAGAAUUCUCCACCAGGACUGGGGAGCUCUGCCUUGCCCGAGCCCCUUGAUGAUGGGGGCCCGCCACCCAGGGCCGAGCCCACUGGUCAAGGCCAAAGGCUGUGCUAUGGCUCCCAGCUUGUGGCCUGGCCAGAAGACUUGAAACCAGAACCACAAUGGCUGGUCACGUGGUUCUGACACGCUAAGCCUCUCCAAGCCUGGCAGACGGGGAGAGAAGCUUCGACGCACACUGCUUGCAUACCCAAGCCUAUGGCCUCCCUCUUCCCUCCGCUGCGUGGACUUGUGGAGGUGAAAGCCUCCCCUCCGGAUGCAGGAGGAAAUGAAUAAAGUUGUUUGUAACAUG